AUGGACGUAGAGUCGGGCAAAACUCCAGUUCAGUUGCCUUUGUCCGCACUCGACGCCAUCGACCCAGAUACCUUCAACUGGAACGCGUAUAUUGGAACCUACAAGGGCCGCGCACUCAUCACUCGCCUCUCCCACAUACCCAAGCUUGUCCUUUCUCAGGCCAAAGCGUCCCCAAACGCCCGUAAACUCGCUCGCGUUGCUGCACUCCGCGCCAUUCCUCUCAUCAAGGAGCAAACAUGGGACCACAACCUUUAUCUCCGCCUCGUCUCGCAAAUCGACCAGACGCUCAACCCCGGCAAGACUCGCGCGACUGACGAUGCAAUGGACGUUGACGCGGCGUAUAGCAAGAAGGGGUCUGAGGCAGAGGGCACUCCAGACUCGCUCUGGGUCCAGGUAGCGCGGGACAAGGAGGAGGCAGAGAACAACCGUCUCAAUGUCGAGCUGAACGGCUACAUUGCCAACCUGAUCAAGGAGAGCAUUCGCUUGACGUACCUGGCACAGGCCGAGCUGGCGCUCAAAACCGGUUCUCUGGUCGAGGCGCUCAGGGCUUGGCAGCAGGUGCGAGAGAACUGCAGUGGCGCAGCCCACUUUGUUGAGUUGGGUCUUGCCGUCCUCGAGGGCUCUCUCCAGUUCAACGACACGAGUGUUGUAUCUGGCAACGCAGCCAAGACAUCGGCGUCCCUCGACCGGCUCCAUCCUGUCAAGGACGCGAGCGACGCACCCGUCAGCUCGACAAUGACACGCGCUCAGGUCGAGAUGAGCCGCACCCAGGCUGCGCGAUCGGCCGAGGUGCGGCGAGCCGUCGGUGUCAAGCUCCGUGUCGCGAGGGGCCUCCUGGCCAUCGACUCACUCGAGUUCAGCCGCGCGGCCUGUGAGCUCGGCGAGAUUGGCGAGGAGGGCGGCCUCGGGGAAUGGGACGGCGUCGUCAUCUCUACCGCUGAUCUCGCUUUCCUCACGGCCAUCCUUGCGCUCGCAUCCGGUAGCCGCGAUUACAUCAAAGAAGUCCUUCUCGACCGCCCGUCGUUCCAUGCUGCCAUCGACGACUCGCAGCCGUGGAUUCUUGACCUGGUCCGCGCGUUCGUAGGCGCAAACUACGGAGAAGCGCUCACGAUUCUGCGCAAGGCUGAGCCCUACAUGCUCCUGAAUCCUUUUAUCGCGCCUCAUACACCUGUCCUUCUGCAGAAUAUCCGCCAGCGUGCAGUCGUUCAAUACGUCACGCCGUUCUCUUCGGUGCGCAUCUCGCAGAUGGCCGAGGCGUUCGAGACGGAUGAGGACUCGAUGGUUUACGAAGUGUGCCAGCUCGCUGAAGACGGGGCCAUCAGCGCGCGUGUCGACCUCGUCGACCGUGUGUUUAACAUCAAGGAGGCGGAUCCCCGUGCAGAGGCGUUUCGCUCAGCACUCGAGGGGGGUUACAAGAUCACAGCCGCGACGCAGGCCAACGUGUUCCGCAUGAGACUGAAGGAGGCUGGCGUGACAGUGGACAUGGGUGAUGAUGAGGGGGGCGGCAGCAAGAUCAGCAAGCCGCUCGGGCAGUCCAAGUCGCGCGGGGCCAAGGACUGGAAGGCUCCGUGGCACGCGUAA